UUUCUUUUGUGAUUAUAACCACAAUAGUGACAGUUAGUGACGUAGUGUUGACUUGGCGCUUGAAACUUCGCAGGCUUUCUGUCACUUCCGCCUUGUUCGUUUUGAUGUCUGGAUUGCAUAUGGCGAGUUAUUUGAGUUUUGACGCCUUUUCUGUCGUGUUGACUAUAUAACCCUCGAGAUUUCGUUAUCUCUUGUUUCGGAUGUGGCAUUUAGCAUCCUUGACUGGAGUCGUGUUUGCUCUGCACUCUGACCUGCUUGAAUUGUUUUUUAAUAUCAGAUGACAUUGGCAUAACUGAAGAUACAUUCUCAUUAUUUAUCAGCUUUUUAAAGACCAAAUUGGAAAUAUACAGAAGAGAUAUAUAAGAUUGUUUCUAUAAAUCUGUGGUGGAAUUCCUCUGAUAUAUUUACUCUGAAUUGUGUUAUUAGCAAACCUUCUGGACAUCACUGGCUGGAGUGUCUACAAGAUGAGCCUGUUUGCAGAUUGAAUGUGGAUAAAUUUAGUUGUUUUGUGACAAAGAUAACAGUGGCCAGAAAUACAACAGUUGAAAUAUUUGUAAACAAAAGACUAUAGAAGCAAAAAGAAUAAAAAAAGAAGGUAUAUUGUGAAGUUGAAGGAAAAAUAAUGGAAAAGAGUGAGAAAGUGAAGGAACAGAUUUUACCAGAAGGUAGCAAAAAAACGAGACAAAAAUUGUCACAUGACUGUGAUGUGUGUAAAAAGUCUUUCUCAAGUAAAUGUAACUUAAAUAGUCACAAACGUAUUCAUACAGGAGAGAAGCCAUUUCACUGUGAAAUCUGUGGUAAAUCAUUCUCUCAAAAAAUUUCCUUGACUACCCACAAACGUAUUCAUACAGGAGAGAAGCCAUAUUCCUGUAAUAUCUGUGGUAAAUUAUUUUCUGAUAAAAGUGCUCUAACUCAACAUAAACGUAUUCAUACAGGAGAGGAGCCAUAUCAUUGUAGUGUCUGUGGUAAAUCAUUUUCUGAUAAAAGUGUUUUAAAUAAUCACCAGCAUUGUCAUACAGGAGAGAAGCCAUUUCAAUGUGACAUCUGUGGUAAAUCAUUCUCUCAAAGAAGUGCUUUAACUAAUCAUGAACGUAUUCAUACAGGAAAGAAGCCAUAUUCCUGUAAAAUCUGUGGUAAAUUAUAUCCUGGUAAAAGUGCUCUAACUUAUCAUAAACGUAUUCAUACAGGAGAGUCACCAUAUCCUUGUGAUAUCUGUGGUAAAUCAUUCACCGUGAGUUCUAACUUAACUGGACACAGACGUAUUCAUACAGGAGAAACACCAUAUUCUUGUGAUAUCUGUGGUAAAUUAUUCUCUCAAAAUAUUUAUUUGACUUUACACAAACGUAUUCAUACAGGAGAGACACUAUUUCACUGUGAAAUCUGUGGUAAAUCAUUCUCUCAAUGUGGCAACUUAGCUAAACAUAAACGUAUUCAUACAGGAGAGACACCAUAUUCUUGUGAUGUCUGUAAUAAAUCUUUCUCUACCAGUAGUAACCUAAUGACCCAUAAACGUAUUCAUACAGGAGAGACACCAUAUUCUUGUGAUAUCUGUGGAAGGUCAUUUACUCAACAUAGCAGCUUAACUUCUCACAAAUGUGUUCAUAAGGGGAAGAAGCAAUCCCACUAAUAUUUAAACUAAAUCAUAAUCUCUAAGGGGUUACUGAAACCCUUUACCUUGCAGGUUAUUCUGUCGAAUGUGAUGUUUAGUUAUUCACAUUAUUUUCAAUUUGCCAUCCAAAGGUUUAGUAAAAUUCUAUCAAUUAGAAAAAAGAUAUUUAAUUUUAAUUCUCAAAUUUUUAUCAAUUUUUGCGUGAUAUUAAAGGGACACUACUCAUAUAUGAACUUAGGCGCACACACACAGACACAGGAGACAAAAGACAAUACAAAGAGUUUUCAAAUUGAGUAAACAGGAGUAGUUGUGUGGUAAGUAGCUUGCUUCCCUUUGUCGGAGACGGACGUGUUUGUUUUUGGCGGAGAGUUCUUGCUGCUUGAUGUCACGUCUUUCGUCGUGAAAUAUUGAACUUUGAGGCUCGACUACAGGUAGGCGUUUGUCGUAUUUUUUGAGGGUUUAGUGGAGUUUGUUGCCCUGUAUUUAAUAAUUUUUGGUGAGUAAUAGACUCCACUCUGCUCCAGACAUUUGCCUGCCUGUGGCCGCCUAUAAAGACUCACUUUGCAGUGAGAAUUGUGUUUUCGAGGAGGCGUAGCCCCUCCGCAAAAAUUAUCUUCGUGUCUGUGGAUUACCAAGGCAGGAAGGACUGUUUUUGCAAGGUGGACGUGAGUGUUUUGGCUCUGGCCAAUUACAAGAAAAAAGAACAAAAACAGAGAAGGUUGUCGAGGCCAGUGAUUUUGUUUUAUCUGAGCUGGGUGUAAUUUGUUAUAUUGUUAUUUUUUGUUAACAAAUUUCGCCUGCUCUCGGUGGCUGCUGUUUUGUGAAUUUAGUGUGAAUAUUUUGGAUUCAUUAAAAAAAAAAAAGCAGUGGAGGGACGUAUCCUCGCCCGAAUGAUUAGAACCUGGUACAGUUACCGUUGGCUGUAGCCAGUAUUGUGUUUGGAUUUCUUUUACCAAUUACGGGUAAAGACGAUUCAUACCAAGGAACCUAUGUACAUUUGGCCAGGAGUACCUUUUCGGCCGAAAAUUAAUUUAUUUCUUCGCCUGGAUUUGAACUCUCUUCUUCAAAGCUUUCGUUUAUUUUAAAAAAUAAAAGAACUCGUUUUUGAACUGUUAUUUUUUAUUUUAUUUCUUCCCUUCUUCUUUUUUUGUGUCUUGUUUUAUUUUCUUACAUUUUGAACUGUAAUUGAACUUUGUAUUGAAAUGGCAAAGGAAUUUCUUGUGUGGGACUUGACAGCUCCCAAAAAAUGGUUAAAAGAGCUUGAAAGGAAGACGGUGGUGUUGAGGACUUACUCAAAGUCAAUGACUGAAACAAGUAAAAGAGUAAAGAGUAUAUAAUUGCCAUUAGUGUUCUGAUAAAUAAAACAGAAGCCUGUGUAUGAAA